CCAAACACCAUUCGAUCAGAUUUCCCCCUUUCUCCUGAUCUCUACACACAGAUUCUUGAUAAAUAUUCCAUCCAUUCUAUUCUUAACAACAAAUUCCCUCUUUUUUCACUUUGAAUCGAUCCUAUCUUCCCUAAUUUAGUAUAUACCCGUUCCAAUUUAUGCCUCUAACCCCUCUUUCUGAUCAAUCGCAACCAAAGAUGUUGGAUACUUGUCUCCAAUUUGUCUUCUGAAACACUGCAAUUACGUCUCGCUUUUUACUCGAACCCAACUUGAUUGGUACUGAAGGGGUUAGGGUUUUGAUUUUGUUUGAAGUUUGGUUGCGAUCGGUGACAUGAAGAUCGAGGAUGUGGAUGAUUCUUCCGAUGUAAAAAUCUUUGAGCGGGCCGUCGAGUAUGAUUCGCGACGGCAGAUUGUUGCUGUUGAUGCGAAGAGAGCGUUAGUUGGAGCCGGAGCUCGAAUCCUGUUUUACCCUACGCUUUUGUAUAACGUUUUUCGUAACAAGAUUCAAUCUGAGUUCAGAUGGUGGGAUCAAGUUGAUCAGUUUCUUCUGCUGGGUGCUGUUCCAUUUCCGAAAGACGUCCCUCGAUUAAAGCAGCUUGAUGUUGGUGGUGUCAUCACUCUCAACGAGCCGUAUGAAACUCUGGUUCCCACGUCGUUAUAUCGUGCUUAUGACAUAGACCAUCUCGUUAUUCCUACAAGAGAUUACCUAUUUGCUCCUUCGUUUGUGGACAUUGAUCGAGCUGUAAAUUUCAUUCACAAGAAUGCAAGCCAUGGUAGGACUACAUAUGUGCACUGCAAAGCUGGGAGAGGAAGGAGUACAACGAUCGUGCUUUGUUAUUUGGUUGAAUACAAGCACAUGACUCCAGCUUCUGCAUUGGAAUAUGUUCGAUCUAGGCGACCUAGAGUGCUAUUGGCACCAUCUCAGUGGAAGGCAGUUCAAGAAUACAAGCAGUGGCGAUUAGCAGCGUCAAGCAGUCGGUCAGCUUCGGGGGACGCUGUGCUGAUAACCAAAGCAGAUUUGGAAGGGUAUCACAGCCCGUCGUCACAAGUGGCGCUGAUUCCAAGAAGCAGGCCGAUGAUAGCAAAGCUGUCUUGCCUCUUUGCAUCUCUGAAAGUUUCCGGUAUUACGACAGCUCCCGUGAGUUUGAAACUAACAGAGACACCUGCUUGUUAGGACUGAUAAUGGAAGAGUGAAGAAAAAGACUGCGUUGCAUGGAUGCCUUCUUAGCAUCGUAUUGUAUCGAACGAGCGAGCACCCUUGUGUCUAUAUUGAUUUCCGGUGUUUGUAGUAGGUGAAAACUAUUAUAUCAAUAAGCGAUUCGUGCUUCAGCAUUAACUUGUGUGACUGAAAAGCCUAAUAUCAUCGAUCGUCAUCACGAUCAUUAAACCA